AGAGGAUCAAAAUUGUGAUGGCAUGUCUUCGGAUCAUCCUCAGGGAUGUUUCCCAGACCGUCGCCAAUGGCCCAUUGUGCAGCUCUAGUGCGACGUAAAUGAACUACAAAAACAACUACAUAAGGAAGAUAAAAGAGCCAUCCAAGCCAGACUCUGAACUAAUAUCACUUGGGUGAAAUAAAUAAAUCAACUAUAGUAAUUUUAUUCGUAUGCUCAUCCCAAAGAAACAUUUCUAUUGGUUGCUAUCUGUAACUGAUUGAUCAUUGAUGGAUUGCCCAUGCACAGACACCUCAAAUUCAAAAACUAUAGCUCCUUCUUCUCUAGAAUGCGAUGAUUAUGACAGAGAAAGUUGUUUACAUGUACGAAAUGUUCGAGUAUUUCUGGACAACUCAAAUGGUGAGAAACUUUCGGAACAAUUGAAAGGAGGUACAGAUUUAAAUCAAUGCUUGAAUGAAAUUGUUAAAAGGAUUACGGUUGAUUCAAUUACCGAAAAUAAAUUGACAUUAAAGUUUUUUCUUGAUGAGGAUCCAGAUGGAAGUAGCGAUUUAAUUAGUCCGAUAUCCGCCACACUUCAAGCUAAAGAAAAAGAAAUUAACAAAGAAAUAUUUAGUAAUAAUAAUUUAUUUUCGUUUGGAAGUGGCGAUGAAGCCUCCUGUGAAACGCAAAAAAUCCUUCAAGAGUUCAAUACAUCAGUAUUUAUAUCAGUUUCAACACAGACAGAUAAUAACUUUUGUUCCAAAGAGACGCAGUGUGACAUCAUUGGCGAUAAAAAGAUCCUUGGCGAAAAUUCAGAGCCACAGAAGCAUGAUGAAAAAAUUAUUUUGAACUUUUGCAAACAUAAUUGUUGUUCAGUUCCAGACACUUCAGCUAAAUUACAACGUUUAAUUAGUUUUUAUUUAGUUCAGGAUGAAGCUGUUUUUAGCAAGUGCAUUGUCCGAGAAAUUGGAACACAAACAGAAGAUAUUGAAUUAUCUGUAAACAUCAAAUCCAUCAGUCAGCUUUUUGAUGGUCCGUUGACAAUCUCAAAAUCACAUGUAAAUGUAGAAAAUGGGGGCUGGAUGGUAGCGCAGAAUGAAUCCUUGAAAAUUAAAGAAUAUUUUGAUAGAAAGGGGUUUGAUAAAGUGUUGGAAGAUAGCAUCAUCUUUAAGAAUAUUGUCUCGCAGGAUGGAAGCAAAGACGAAGAUCAAGAUAGGUACAGCUCAUUUGGUUUUUCACCUGACUCAGAAGUUGAUGAAGUGUUUCAUGCUGAAAAUACAGAAGAAGAAAAAGUUAGCCUUUAUUUCGAAUCGCGACUGGAACAGAGGAAAGGUGAAGCUAAAAGCAAACGUUACAAAGAACCUCCACAAUCUUCUUUCGAAAAAACAACUUCAAGAGCAAUCAAAAAUAGAUUCCUCGAAGACGAACCAGACUUUGAAGUUCUACAACCAAUCGAAGAACUAAAUUUUCACAAUGCUUACAUAGUUAAGAAAAGCUAUCCAGUAGAUUCUGCCAAAAUUACUUUUUCCUCCCCACCCUGGCAAACGGAGUCAUCCGUUGAAGUGCUGACAUUAUGUUUCUCAAAGUUGCGUAGUAGAAGAAUAUGCCCUACUUUAAAACUUCCAAUAUAUUUCAGACACUUUCUUAGGUCUAAGCUCUUCAAAAUUCAAUCUCCUCAAAGAGCUUCAGUAAAUCCAGUAUUACUUACCGAAGUCAUUUUGCAAUAUCCAUCCAAUCAAAGUCUCGAACCAUUUGAACUUAAAAAGGAAACCAUAACGAGCUGCGUUUGUUUGGAAGUUCUAAGAGAAGCUGGUUUGAAAAGACAGACAAUGAUACAAAGAAAGUUUAAUUCGGAAGAAGAAAAUAUUAAUGAUUUUACCCAGUAUGAAGAGAUAAGUCCUCACAGUUCACCAUUUGUUAGUAUUUGCUACUUUUAUUUGUAUUGGUCAAUUUUUAAAUGGCUAUUGAAGUAUAAAAGGGUGAUUACGAAAUAA